AAAUUAAUCAACAUUUUUAAACAUUAACAACAUGGUCCGAAAAAAGAUUGACAACAGACUUCGAGUUUUAAUCGAAAAUGGGGUUAAAUUGGGCCACAGGACCUUAUUUGCUAUUGUGGGCGAUAAAGGAAGAGAUCAGGUAGUUAUUUUACACCACAUGUUAGCUAAAGCAGAAGUUAAAGCUAGACCUUCAGUGCUAUGGUGCUACAAAAAAGAGUUGGGAUUUAGCAGUCACAGAAAGAAGAGAAUGAAACAAGUACAGCAUAAGAUACAAGCAGGAAAGUUGAACGUGAAUGAAGAUGAUCCCUUUGAAUUGUUUUUAGCUUCUACAAAGAUAAGAUUUUGUUAUUAUUCAGAGACGCAUAAGAUUCUUGGAAAUACCUUUGGUAUGUGUGUGUUACAAGAUUUUGAAGCCUUAACUCCCAAUUUAUUGGCUAGAACUAUCGAAACAGUUGAAGGAGGUGGUCUAGUAGUAUUAUUACUAAGAUCUGUUAACUCUCUGAAACAACUGUACACUAUGAGCAUGGAUGUCCACCAAAGAUUCAGAACUGAAGCACACCAAGAUGUAGUAUGUAGGUUUAAUGAAAGAUUUUUAUUAUCUUUAGCUUCUUGUAAAAGAUGUCUAGUAGUGGACGAUCAGCUUACUGUUCUUCCUAUUUCAUCACAUAACCUACAUGUUGCACCUGUCGAAAAUGUACAGGAAGUUGAUGAAAGUACCACUGAGCUGAAUGAUUUGAAAGAACAGUUACGGGAUACUCAGCCUGUAGGAAAUUUGGUAAAUCUUUGUAAGACAUUGGAUCAGGGCAAAGCUUUGCUUAAAUUUAUAGAAUCCAUCUCUGAGAAAACUUUGAGAUCCACAGUAUCACUUACAGCAUCUAGAGGAAGAGGAAAAUCAGCAGCUCUGGGUCUAGCAGUGUCAGCAGCAGUAGCUUUUGGAUACUCUAACAUAUUUGUAACUAGUCCAAGCCCUGAGAAUUUGAACACAUUUUUUGACUUUGUAUUCAAAGGUUUUGAUGCCUUGGAGUAUCAAGAACACAUUGACUAUGGACUUGUUCAGAGUACUAACCCUGAAUUUAAUAAGGCUAUUGUAAGGGUAAAUGUGUUUAGGGAUCAUAGGCAAACAAUUCAGUAUAUCCACCCAACUGACAGCCAUAGAUUAUCUCAAGCAGAGCUAUUAGUUAUAGACGAAGCUGCAGCCAUUCCGCUACCAUAUGUUAAAGCUAUGUUGGGUCCAUAUUUAGUAUUUCUAGCUUCUACUAUAAAUGGUUAUGAAGGAACGGGUAGAUCAUUGUCUCUAAAGCUGUUGAACCAACUAAGAAUUCAAGCUGCACCUAUAGGAGCUAACACUAAUGCAGUCAAUAAGAAAGACUCCGGUGCUGCUACAGGAAGAACACUACAUGAGGUAACUCUGAAUGAAUCAAUUCGUUACAAACCUGGCGAUGAUGUAGAAACGUGGUUGGUAAAACUGUUGUGUUUGGAUUCAACUUCUGUCUCGCCUAUCUUAUCCGGUUGUCCUCCUCCUGACAGUUGUGAUUUAUACUAUAUUAACAGAGACACUCUUUUCUGUUACCACAAAGCAUCAGAAGAGUUCUUGCAAAGAUUGGUAGCAUUGUAUGUUGCUUCACAUUAUAAGAAUACCCCCAAUGAUCUCCAAAUGAUGUCAGACGCACCAGCUCAUCAUCUCUUCUGUCUCCUAGGACCUGUAGAUCCCAAGAGAAGGACAUUACCAGAAGUAUUAGUCAUAAUUCAAGUAUGUCUCGAAGGUGAAAUAUCAAAGAGUUCUAUCCUCGACGGGUUCUCAAGGGGCAAAAGAGCUGCAGGGGAUUUGAUUCCAUGGACAAUUGGUCAGCAGUAUCAGGAUGCCGAUUUUCCUAAGCUAGCAGGAGCUAGGAUAGUUCGGAUUGCCACACAUCCUGAUUAUCAAGGGAUGGGCUAUGGAGCAAGAGCUUUAGACAUCCUCAAACAAUAUUACGAAUUCAAAAUUCCCAGUUUAGACGAAGAUUCUCAACUGCCGAAACAAGAAAUUGACAAUGUUGAAGACUCUGAAGUUGGUCUAUUAGAGGAGACUGUUGAGCCACGAAAUUCACUGCCGCCAUUGCUGUUUAAAUUGAGUGAAAGACCUCCAGAGAAAUUGGACUAUCUCGGUGUAUCUUUCGGACUGACAGAGCAGCUUAUGAAGUUUUGGAAAAAAGCAGGAUAUGUUCCUGUCUACCUUCGACAGACUACAAAUGAUUUGACAGGAGAACAUUCGUGUAUAAUGUUGAACGUUUUAAAUACUGAUGAAGUUAAGGAGACUGAUUGGCUAGCCGCUUAUUGGACAGACUUCAGGAGGAGAUUCGUCAACCUAUUGGCAUAUCAGUUCUGUAAAUUUUCCCCAAGUUUGUCUUUAGGAGUGCUGUCAAAUAGAGCAGUCAAAUUAAAAACUAAAGAGUUAACCAAGACUGAAUUGGAUAUUCACUUCAUGAAGUACGACCUCAAACGUUUGGAGAUGUACAGCAAUAAUUUGGUUGAUUAUCAUCUCAUCAUGGACUUGAUGCCCACUCUGGCCAGACUUUAUUUCCUAAACCAGUUGGGCAGUAUACAAAUGUCAGCUGUUCAGUCGGCGAUAUUACUUGGUCUUGGUCUCCAACACAAAACAGUGGACGACUUAGCGACAGAACUAGACCUACCCUCCACUCAACUCUUAGGACUAUUCAACCGCUUAAUCAGACGGCUCAGUCAGUAUCUCAACGGUGCUUUGGAAGAAGAUAUCGAAAAGAAGCUUGCGCCAAGGAAAGAUGCGGAAGAUCUAAAAAUGACACCGUUCCCACAGAGCGUUCAAGAUGAACUGGAGCAAGCCGCCAAAGAAUUGAAGAAGAAGCAGAAGAAAGAAUUAGAGAAGUUAAAGAAUGAGAACUUAGAACAGUAUGCCAUUAAAGGGGAAGAAGGCGAAUGGUCGAAGGUGCUGACAGGGAAAGCGAAGAAGUCUAUCGUUACUGUUAAAAGCGGUGAAAAGCGACUACACGAGACAAACAAUACGGAAGGCCAAGAAACAGAAGUUAAAGUGAAGAAGAAGAAAUUUAAAAAUAAGAACAAAAAUAGAACGUUGUAAAAAUAUAUUCUCGUUUUUAA